AUGAGCAUGGCAUCCUCUGGCAAACCCACACCAAAGGGAAACAUAGUAGUCACCUCAUCAUGCGCAACACUAGGCGGGGCAUUCGCAGGCAUGGCAUACACAACAGCGAAGAACGGCUGCAAUGGUCUCGUGAAAAGCGGUGCUGUUCAGCUAUCCUCUAGCAACAUCUGUGUAAAUGCUGUUGCGCCGGGUCCUACCACUACAAGCAUCUUUGCUACUUCUGAACUUGCUGAAGAAGGCGCGGAAUAUAAGCUCGAAAAGACCGCCGAGGAAAUUCAGAACGAGUCGGCUACAAUUUAUCAGCGCUCUGGAGUAGGUGAAGGCUAG